AUGUCUUCUUCCUUUAUUACUUCAAACCGCUUAACUCCAACCCUAACUACCCCUCCCCCUCGCCGCCGCAACAACUAUAUCGCCACCGCUCAUCCUUCUUCAAUCAAAUGUCACCUUUCUUCUUCCGAUGAUAACAAUGAUUCCUUCAAUUCCUCCCUUCUCAAAACCCUAUCCACCACCGCCGUUGUUUCCUCCGCCGCCGCUUCCGCUUUCUUCCUCACUGGUUAUCUCCAUUUCCCCAUCCCUAAUUUGCCCGGACUCAAUGGAGGCGGCGCAGGUGGAGGAGGCGGAGGAAGUGGAGGUGGAGGAAGUGGAGGUGGUGGAGGUGGCUGGUUUAACGGUGGCGAAGGAUCGUUCUGGUCGAGAAUUCUAUCUCCAGCCAGAGCCAUCGCUGACGAACCAAAAUCACAAGAUUGGGAUUCACAUGAGUUACCGGCGAACAUCACGGUUUUACUUGGCAGGCUAAGUGGGUUUAAGAAAUACAAAAUUUCCGAUAUCGUUUUCCUCGACCGGAACACGAAGAGGAAAAUCGGAACGGAAGAUUCGUUCUUGGAUAUGGUAUCUCUUAAACCUGGAGGGGUUUACACCAAAGCUCAGCUUCAGAAGGAGUUGGAAAGCUUGGCUACUUGUGGAAUGUUUGAGAAGGUUGACAUGGAAGGGAAAACCAAUGCAGACGGGUCGUUAGGGUUGACGAUUUCGUUUGCUGAGAGUAUGUGGGAGAAAGCAGACCGGUUUAGAUGCAUCAAUGUUGGUUUGAUGGGUCAAUCCAAACCGAUUGAGAUGGACCCUGAUAUGAGUGAUAAGGAGAAGCUUGAAUUUUUUAGAAGACAAGAGAGGGAAUAUAAGAGGAGAAUUGAAGCUGCCAGGCCUUGUCUUUUGCCUUCUUCGGUUCAUAAGGAGAUUAGGGAUAUGUUGGGUAAACAAGGGAGGGUUAGUGCUAGGUUGUUGCAGAGGAUUAGGGACCGUGUUCAGAGGUGGUAUCAUGACGAAGGUUAUGCUUGUGCUCAGGUUGUUAAUUUUGGUAACCUUAAUACACGUGAGGUUGUGUGUGAGGUUGUUGAAGGGGAUAUUACUAAGUUGUCUAUUCAGUAUUUGGAUAAACUUGGUAAUGUUGUUGAAGGUAACACGGAAGGUCCUGUUGUUCAAAGAGAACUUCCAAAACAGCUUCUACCGGGUCAUACUUUUAACAUUGAAGCUGGGAAACAAGCUUUGAGGAACAUAAAUUCCCUUGCUUUGUUUUCCAACAUUGAGGUGAAUCCACGGCCCGAUGAGAAGAACGAGGGAAGCAUAAUAGUUGAAAUUAAGCUCAAAGAGUUGGAGCAGAAAUCAGCUGAAGUUAGUACCGAGUGGAGUAUUGUUCCUGGGCGAGGAGGACGUCCCACUUUGGCUUCGUUGCAGCCGGGAGGGACUAUUACUUUUGAACAUCGGAAUCUGCAAGGAUUAAAUAGGUCACUUACUGGUUCGGUGACAACUAGCAACUUCUUGAAUCCUCAGGAUGAUCUUGCAUUUAAAAUGGAGUAUGCACAUCCGUAUUUGGAUGGUGUAAAUAAUCCACGGAACCGAACUCUCCGUGUAAGCUGCUUCAAUAGCCGAAAGCUGAGUCCAGUGUUCACUGGAGGGCCAGGAGUGGAUGAAGUGCCUUCAAUAUGGGUUGACCGUGCUGGUGCAAAAGCUAAUAUCACUGAGAAUUUUUCUCGUCAAAGUAAAUUCACUUAUGGAUUGGUAAUGGAAGAGAUAAUAACACGUGAUGAAAGCAAUCACAUCUGUUCCAAUGGUCAAAGAGUAUUACCUAAUGGAGGAAUUAGUGCAGAUGGACCUCCAACCACCCUUAGUGGUACUGGUAUCGAUAGGAUGGCGUUUUUGCAGGCUAAUAUUACGCGGGAUAACACAAGGUUUGUGAAUGGAACUAUAGUUGGAAGCAGGAACAUGUUCCAGGUAGAUCAAGGCCUUGGCAUUGGUACCAAUUUCCCAUUCUUUAAUCGUCACCAAUUAACUGUGACUCAGUUUAUCCAAUUGAAGUCUGUGGAGGAAGGUGCUGGUAAAUCACCACCGCCAGUGCUUGUCCUCCACGGCCACUAUGGUGGCUGUGUAGGUGAUCUUCCAAGUUAUGAUGCUUUUACUCUUGGGGGUCCCUAUUCUGUUAGGGGUUACAACAUGGGUGAGAUUGGAGCAGCCAGAAACAUCCUCGAGCUGGCAGCUGAGGUACGUAUACCUAUUAAAGGUACACACGUGUAUGCCUUUGCAGAACAUGGCACUGAUCUAGGAAGUUCGAAAGAUGUCAAAGGAAAUCCGACUGUAGUCUAUAGGCGAAUGGGUCAGGGGUCCUCUUAUGGUGCUGGUAUGAAGCUUGGUUUAGUAAGAGCAGAAUAUGCUGUUGACCAUAAUUCAGGAACAGGUGCAGUAUUUUUCCGGUUUGGAGAAAGAUUUUGA